AUGAGCGCCACCAAUCCACGAAAGUUCAGCGAAAAGAUUGCGAUUCAGAAACGAAAAUUGAACGAAGAGCAGUCGGCUUUCGACAAGAUCAUUGCCGAAGUGCAUACCAUUACAAAGGUACCAAUUUUUCUGAUUUUUUUGUUUCUUUCCCGGGUAGCUGUAAAUCUACUGCUGCUUGCUUUUUUCUCGUCUAAGUUUUUCAGUAUUUCGUUGGGCUAUCUGUUUAAAUUUCUUCACGGUUGCCAUCGAUAA